AUGAGGGUCUCCCAUACACUCUUCUCGAGAAGCUUUUUUGGUCGGAGUAUGGACGAGCUAAAAAGGCGCACUCAAAUAGCCGUGACCUUUGAAACCAUCAAAGGCGCCACACAGCCCAAGCCUCUAUAUAACUUCAAUACCCUCGACAGUGUCCGCGACUGUAUUGUCAUGUCUGAUAAGACGAUUGGCGGUUUCUCACAAAGCAACUUUGACUUCGAAAAGUCUGCCGAGUCAAGCGCCAGCUCCAACAAGACACCCUCCGCCUAUGCUCGUUUUCACGGCAACAUCUCUACCCGCCUCCCUGACGACCGCCCCAACAUCCAACGUACAGGCUUCGCUGGUUUCCGAUCUCCCGACCAAAGACCUACUAUGUUCGGUCGUUCCAUGUGGGAUAUUGAUCCCUAUAUCUACCUCGCCUUACGUAUCAAAUCUGAUGGUCGUAGUUACUUCGUCAAUCUGCAAACAGAGAGCGUUGAGCCAUCAGAUCUGCACCAGCAUCGACUGUUUCCAAAACGACCGGGUCAGUGGGAGACAGUGCUGAUCAAAUGGAAUGAUUUUGUGAGAACAAAUCACGGCUUUGUUGUCGAGCCGCAGACCGAGAUGUUACGACAGAAGGUAUUGACCGUAGGUGUUGGACUAACGGACCGCGUUGACGGUCCUUUCGAGCUUUGUAUAGAGAGAGCUUGGGCCACCAACGACGCGAGUGAGGCGGAAAUAACAGAAGAACCUCAAGCUUCAGCUAUUCCAGAAGGGGGUGAAUUGAGGAAUAAAAAGGGCGAAAAGGUGCGAUGGUAG